GUCAGCUGAUGCACGGUAACAGCAGAGACUUGUCUCCGUGUGAAAGUACUACAAAUAAACCGAGAAAUACUUCAGAUUGAAGUACUGCGGGGUGAGAGUUACUGCAGCAGGAACAGAGGUACAGGUGAGUGAGGUGAAUCCUGCUCAGUGAUUGUCCAGAGAGACAGGUGAUGAUGUCAUCAGUGAAGGUGGAGUGCGUGGUGAAAGCGAGCGCUCUGAUUGGUGAAGGGCCGGUAUGGGAGGAGUCAGAGCAGACGCUGUUGUUUGUUGACAUCGCUGGGCAGAAAAUCCACCGCUGGAGUCCAAUGACCAAUCAGAUCCAGUCUGUGGAGACAGGUGACACGGUGGGCUUUGCGGUUCCUUGUAGGUCAGGUGGUUAUGCAGCAGGUGUGGGUCGCAGCAUCGUGGCUGUUGAUUGGUCAACUCAGAAGAUGACGUCACUGGUGGAAGUGGACGAGGACAAACCAAACAACCGACUGAAUGACGGGAAGGUCGAUCCAAUUGGACGGCUGCUGGCAGGUACGAUGGGGAAGGAGCGGCGACCUGCGGAGGUUCAGAAACAACAAGGUUCUCUGUUUUCUGUGACCUCUGAUCUCACAGUGACUAAACACCUGAGCCAGGUUGACAUAUCUAACGGGUUGGACUGGUCUUUGGAUCAGAAGACGUUUUUCUACAUCGACACUUUGUCUCUAACCGUUGAUGCCUUCGACUACGACUCAAACACUGGACAACUCGGUAACCGUCGUAUGGUGUACCGUAUGGAGGAAGGGGAGGGGUUUCCUGAUGGCAUGACAGUUGAUGCCGAAGGUCGUCUCUGGGUUGCCUGUUACAACGGAGGACGGGUCAUCAACAUCGACCCUGCAACUGGUCUACGGCUGCAGACGGUCUCUCUCCCAGUGAUGAAAACCACUUCCUGUUGUUUCGGAGGUCCAGACUACUCUGACCUCUACGUGACCUCAGCUAGCCUGGGCCUCGACCAUUCGGAAAGCAGACAGCAGCCGCUGGCUGGGCAUAUUUUCAGGGUGAGAGGACUUGGGGUCAAAGGUCGACCUUCAAACUCUUUCUCAGGAUAAUCCUCAAGCCAAUCACAGCACAGAUCACCUGCAGGAAGUAAUCAGCAGGCUGAUUAACUGUUAGCACACUGUAGCAAUCCAUAAUCAAUAACUUCAUAUAUUAAGUUUAUAUUAAUAUGUAGCUCAGGUGUAUUUAAUUUCUAGCUCAUUGAUUUUCAGUGUGAGGAAAUAUUUUUAGUUUAUACCUUUAAAUAAAUAAAUGAUGAAGACAUUGAAAGACAACCAGAGUCAACGAAUAUUUGCAUAUUCCUUGUGACUUUGUAUAAUUAGUGAAAUUAAAUAAAAAUUGAACGUCAGACUGGUUAAAAACCUGC